AUGGCGGAGUUGUUGGCUGUUCCCCCGCCCCCGACCCCCCCUGUAGUGGGGUGUUUGGGGUGUCCGUUUGAUAAGCGAUACGGCGAGGGGUCAGUGUGCGGGGGGUGGGGGAUUUGUGUGCUUGUAGUUGGGGGGGGUGGGGGAGGGGGUGGGGGGGGGGUGGGGUGUGGGGGGGGGGGGGGGGGGUGGGUUGGCGUUGAUGUUAUAUCUAGAGAUGAAGUGUGGGGUGGUGGGGGGAGGGGGAGUGGGAAGGGAAGGGGGGGGGGGGUGGUGGGGAGUUGGGUGGGGGUGGGGGGGGGGGUUGGGUGGGGGUCGGGUGGUGGGUCGUUUGACGUGUUGGGGGGGGGGGGAGUGUUUGAGUGUGGUUGGGGGUGGGAUGGGGGGGGUGGGGGGGGUGGGUCGUUGGGGUGGAGUUGGGUGGGUGGUGGGUGGGGUGGGAUGAGGUGA